AUGGACGACGAGCUCACGUCCUUCUUGGCACCCACGCCCACCAAGCGCAAGGGCAGCAGCGACUUCCUGCGGAAAGGUCAAUGGACCAACACGGAGGAGCGACUCGCCAGGCUCCUGAUAGAGGCCUUUGAGGACGGGUAUCUCCCCAUCUACACAGGUAUCCGACUGCGUGGCUACUUGGCCGUGCAGUUGCAGUGCGACCCCAUGAGGGUGUCCAAAAAGUUGUGUGCUGGGACCAUUGACGGCAAGCCUGUGCCCAAGAACUACGGGCAGAAGAAGUUUAAGCUGCGCAAGAAGCCGCUCUGGGACUGUGAAGAGGCGGAGAGCCGCAUUGCCGAGCUCGAGCGACUGACCAAAGCCUUGUGGAACGAGGCGCGCAUGAAGAAGCCGUCGUUCCUUACGCUCUCGACUACGCGUAAUGUGAGCAAGAGGGGCGAUGAUGAGUCUGCAUCUUCGCCGUCUAGUCCAGCGGACGGCCGCGUGCCGUCGUCAACCCCCAAGUCGAAGAAGCAAAAGGUGUUCCCUAUCAUUUAUUUAAACCUGUCCAAGAAGCUCAAGCACUACUCGGUUCGCGGA